CAGUACUUUUGCUCGUGUCCCUUUUUUGAAAACCAGACUGGGGGAUCUGUUCCAUCCUGGGGGAGAGGAUGUGUGUGUGCCUGAGACGUGUCCCGGCCCACAGGCACCGCUGCCUGCCGGAUGAGCAGGGCCUCUCAUGGCCGUCGGUGGGAGCGAGCCCAGCGUCGCUCAGGCGAGGUGUCAGGCAGCAGCCGUGGCAGAGUACUGGCCAAGGAGUGAGGGGGGACGGAGCCUACACCCCGGCAGGCUGCAGGCCUGCCCUCAGCACCUCGGCUGCCAGGACGUCAGGAGUGGGGAUCUCUUCCCCACCGUGGUGUGGACUCCCAAGGUGAGGUUGUGGGCAGGAUGUGGCCCCGAUUUCUGGGGCUGGACUUGCCCUGCUGAGCCCCUGCCUCUCUGUGGUCCUGCACUGCGGUUCCCGACCAUGCCUCUGAUGUGGACGUGGCACCUGUUUGCGGGGCCUGCUGAGACAGGAGGAGGCCCAGAGCCCCAGACCCACCCGAAAGGAGUGCUCUCCGCCUUGAGGGCCUCAGCAGUUGUGCCCACCGCCGGAGAUGCCGCUGCCUCUUGCCCGUAGGCCGGAGCCGCAGACGGGCAGUUGGGCCUGGGAGGCUGGGGACACCUGGACCCUGGGCGCGGCCUCCGGAGAGCCAGGGGCUGCCGCUCAGAAGACACGAGCCCACGGGAGGCAGGACCAGGGCGGUGUCUCAGGACAGGAGGGCCCUCUGGGCGAGGAUCUCAGGAAACCUCACGUGACGUAAAAUUAGCCACUGGCUGCCUUCAAGUGCACAUCUGAGUGGUUUGGUGCCCUCGCAGUGUUGUGCAGCCGAGGCCUCUGUUAACUGGGGAGUAUUUCUUUCGGCCCGAAAGCAAAGCCUCUCCCCGAGAGCAGCCCCCCGUAAAUGCUGCACUUCUGUUUCCCGUGAACUUCCUGCCCGGAACCCCUCGUGGUGGGCUCUCCCACCCCGUGGCCGCCGCCUCGCAGCACAGCGCUUUUGAAGUUCUUACACGCGAGUGUGUCAUCUUGGGCCCAGGGGCCUCUGCCCUUUCCACGGACCCCGCCAGGGCUCAGGCUGCUGCUGGCUACGUCAGCGACACGGAAGUCCUGGGGCUUGGGUCCUGUCACUGAGCUCUCUGCUCCGGGAAGCCGGCGGGAUCCCAGUCAGAACCACGGAUGCACUGGGAGGUCAGAAUACUGAGCAGAUGCCCAGGGUAGCAGGAGUGUCCCCAGGAGCCACACUGGCCAGGCGUUGGCCACAGAUCGCAUGGCAGGACCCCGGCGCCUCACCCACACCGUUGCCGCGCUGGGGAGAGGCGGUCUGCAGGAACGGCGCCGGGUGCUGGGGCUGGUCCUGCUCUUUCUCCGCUGAAAGCUACACUCAAAGCAAGACCAGCGACGGGGAGAGUUCACGCACGUGUCGGGUGUGUUUGUGCGCGGGUCCUGCAAGUGUGCACAUUUAUGUCGGGAUGUGUGUGCAUGUGUCAGCACGUGUGUGCGCGCGUCUGUGCGGGCGUGUGUGCGCCCACCUGUCCGGCUCUGCCUUGCUCGCAGGCUUGGCCUUCCAGGAGGUGGUGUCUCCGGCGUGUGCGCACGGGAUCACGGGCUUCGGGAGGCCCCCGUGGCACACGUGUCCUGUCUGACUUUCUGGACACACCAUUGUGUGUGGGGUAGAUCCUGGUUGCCCCGGGCAGGGGGCUGUGGCUCUGCUGGCUCUGGUUUUGUCUUCUCAGAGUCUUUGUGGUGAACAGGUCUGGUGUUGGCAGGUUCUGAAGUCAUUUUCACGGAGCAGAGAGGUCUCUGAGGGAAGGUCGUGAGUGGCUGUGGUGGUCACGGCCCUGGGUCGACCAGGAGGCCCCUGCUGCCUGUAAUCUCGGGGUGCCCUGGGCUAGCACCUCCCGGCCCCGCCCCGCAGCAGCCUGGUUCAGGGUCUGCUGAGCUGGGGGGCACACAGGCCCCCACCACGGGGCAGCCUGUACACAGGGGUGUCUGGAGAAGCGAGUUCUGGGCGGGAGGCAGAGAGGUCGCUCAUCAUUUCCCAAAAAGCUCUCCGAGGUAGAAGACCAUACCUCGCGGCGGCUUGAGCAGCGCACCAGGAGCAGGACCUGCGGCCUUGUUGCCGACACAUUUCCCACUGCUGGCGACCUGGCCUCUGGCCCCCUCACUCUGCAGGGCCCCCGUGUCAGGCCCCAUCUCCUCUGGUGCUCCUGUGCUCAGACAAGGCCGCCAGGACCAGCGUCCCUGUCACCCCCAGUGGAGGCUUUGCUUCUUGAGAUCUCCUGGGACGUGUUGGGCUGGAGGAGCAGGUGGGCAGACCCAGACCAGAAGUAGCCUUGGCGCCAGCCUCGUGGCCCAGCUCCCUGCCCCGCAGAGAGGUCUGCAGGCUCCCAGGGAGGGCUCUCCUGGCUGCGUGUUGUGUCGUCAAGCUUCCCUCCAAACCGGCCCCCAGCUCCGGCGCCCUGGUUUCUCUUGGGCUGGCCCAGCUGCCCCUUGGGAGGCACAGCCCUGGUCACCGCAAGUGCCACACACAGUGCGUGUGGGAGGCGGCUCAGCCCAUCUGGCUGGGUGGCUUCCCCAGGGAGGCGUGUGAUUCUGGGGACGGGAGGCUCUGCUGCUCCCCCAACCAAGGAGGGUAUCGGGAUCUGAGAAGGCCACGUCGGGGUCCUUGGACCUAAACGGGCCUGGAGAUAUCCUGCGCUGAACCGUUGAGACCCUGAGGGAGAGGCAGGGAAGGGGGCACUGAGCCAUCCUCGGGAGAGACCCCCCUCGGGCACCUGUCCACGCGCCCUUCACCCCCUCAUCGCCUCCCACUCUGCUCCUCCGGCCACUGAGGGGCAGACUCCGGAUGCUGACAUCCCUCCCGACCUGGACGGAGCAGGUAGGCCAGCAGGUCGCGUGUCGGGCGACCUGUGAGGUCGACGGCCCGGCCGCUGAAGCAGGAGGGUGGGGGGCCAGGAGCCUUCCGAUGGCUACUGAGGGCCUGCCGUGGGUGGCAGUGUUGUCAAGAGCUUGGCCGUGUAGAUGGACUCCUGGCUGGUGGCCUGGCCUGUCGGGGGCCCCCAUGCCUUCCCUGCACCCUCCCCCCAGCAGGCCGUGGGGCUCUAGCUUUAUGAGGCACCUUCGUGGGUUCCGUUGCUGCCGUGGCAACCAGGGGUGCUCACAAGGGUCUGAGCUAAGAGAGGGGCCCGUGCUUUUCUGUGCGGCGUGGGCCAGUGGUCAAGGCAGGCAGCAGAGCAGGUUCUGGCCCCCGGGGAGAUGGAUUUGUGGGGCAGGAGCUGGAGACGGGUCGUCCCGGAAGCAGGGGGCAAGCGGCCCUCGCCCCCCAACCGGUCCCGAGUGAAUGGCUGGUCGAGGCCCCUGCACUCCUUCCAGGCGGUGGCCUGGGUCACGGUCCUCGUCAUGGCUGUCGCCAGCUUUGGCAUCUUCAUCCCCUUCCUGCCGCGGGACUGGAAGGACGUCGCCUACGGUGUGACCGGCGGGCUCUUCCUUCUGCACCUCUCCGUCCACCUGCUCGCGGUUUCCAUCGACCCGGCCGAGCCCAAUGUCCGGCGCAAGAAGAACUACUCGGAGCCUGUGCCGACCUUCGACCGGUCCAAACACGCACAUGUGAUCCAGGACCAGUACUGCCACCUGUGUGAGGUCACCGUGAGCCCGAAGGCCAAGCACUGCAGCGCGUGCAACAAGUGCGUCUCAGGCUUCGACCACCACUGCAAGUGGCUUAACAACUGUGUCGGGGGCAGGAACUACUGGUACUUCUUCCUCUCUGUGGCCUCCGCCUUGGCCGGGCUGCUCUGCCUCACGGCUGUCCUGCUCUACGUCUCCAUCCAGUUCUUCAUCGACCCGGCGGAGCUCCGCACGCACCCCUGCUACAAAAAGGUCUCCGACAAGAACACCUGGCUGCUGUUCCUCCCCCUUUUCCCUGUAGAGGUGAAGACUCCCGUGGUCCUGGGCAUUGGGGUGUUGGUGCUGCUGUUGGACGUCAUCGGCCUCCUGCUGCUGGGGCACCUGCUUGUCUUCCAUCUGUAUCUAAUGGCCAAGAAGCUGAGCACGUUUGACUACAUGACACAGGGCCGCCAGCAACAGACUCCAAGAGCUGCAGCAGAGAAGGAAGAGCUGUCCGUCCAAACGAGACUCCCACAGUGCGCAGACCGGGGCCAGAGCCCAUCCGCACAGAGGCGCGUGGUACACUCGCCAGAGUCGUUUGAUGUGUGUGAAUGUGGGCUUCCUGCUCUUCGUAACUCAAAUGACUUUGGAAGAGUUACGUCCAAGGAGCUCCUGCUGUCGGAUACACUCUCCCAUCAGCUGUCCAGUACCGUGUUCCCAGAGAACUUGGGGCCAACGGUGUCAGAGGGUCCGCCGCGAGACCCGAGGCCGCCUGAGCGGGAGGAAGGAGCCCCGGAGCCCACGCAGGAGCCCACGCAGGAGCCCACGCCGGAGCCCACGCAGGAGCCCACGCAGGAGCCCACGCAGGAGCCCACGCAGGAGCCCACGCCGGCCGAUGGCUCUACCCAGCAGCCCCCCUCGUUGGAGACCCCAGCCUGGGAGUCAGACCUGCAGAACCUCCUACUCCCGUACUCGCUGCUGUGCGGCGGCCCAGAUCUGCUGUCCUGGGGGGACGUCCGCCCAGGGAGCCCCCAGGCCCAGGGUGGCAUGGCCGCCAUGUCCACCGAUGAGCGGGGAGCGGGCCCAUGAGAUCUCCAGGAUCGCCAGUCUCUGGAGGGGACACCGGAGGUGGCAGAGGCCAGCACCGCACCAUCCAGCCCGGCGGAGGGCCUGUCCUCGGCUCAGGGAGAGGCUGGGCUCUCCCCGUGCCCCUCUGGGGAAGCCCGAGAUCAUGGCACCUGACCGCCCGGCAGGUCUCACUGCUGCACUCAGAGAGCGGCACAUCCUCUGAGGUCCCGAAGGUCCCGGGGUAUCCCCAUGUCCACGCAGACCCUAGGGGAGCUGUGGUCGGGCUUCCGCAGAGGGCGGGCAGGGAGUCAGGGCAGGGUGGGGAAGCGGAGCCACGGGGGCAGCUUUCCCAGAGACCUGCGUCUGGCUGUGCGGGGCAGCCACGUGGCGAGGGCUGUGACGGUUUCCCCAACAAGCCCCCCGGGUUGUGCCGGGGCUUGAAACAGGCCUGGGGUGCUGUUUUCUCUUGGGAUGAGGAGCAAAGUUAACUGUCAGGAACUUAAGCAGUUUUUAAGGAUACUCUUCAGAAUUCAGGAAUUAUAUUAUAGGAAAUAAUGGAAAUUAAUUUUAUUGGCAAGCAA